GCUCGCUCAGACAACUUGAUACAGAGUAACAGUAAAUCAGACAGACGGACAGACAGAGAGACGGAGAGAGCAGCUCCUACGGCAGCAGCAGUGAAACUGUAACCCUGUUGCAAGUAUUUUUGGCCGCUGAUAGGGACCGAGUGAGAUCACUGCGGUCUCUUUUUCUCGGAUAGACUCAAGAGUUGUUCGGCGAGAGCAACGCGAGGGACCGUUUUCAGGCUCGUUUCUGCUAUAUCUUCAUUUUAUAUCGCACUGGAAAUGUCCGAAAACAAGCCAAAUGAUGAACCGAAGUUAUCUACGACGGACAGGGUGGUGAAAUCUGUCCCCUUCCCCCCGAGUCACCGGCUGACGGCCAAAGAGGUGUUCGACAGCGAUGGGAAGCCCAAAGUGGACGUGCUGAAAGCUCACCUAACCAAGGAGGGCCGCGUGGAGGAGGCGGUGGCCCUCAGGCUCAUAGGGGAGGGGGCCGCGAUCCUACGCUCAGAGAAAAACCUGUUGGACAUCGAGGCCCCCGUGACAGUUUGCGGAGACAUCCAUGGCCAGUUCUUCGACCUGAUGAAGCUGUUUGAAGUAGGAGGAUCGCCAGCAUCCACGCGCUACCUUUUCCUGGGGGACUACGUCGACAGAGGGUAUUUCAGUAUUGAAUGUGUGCUGUACUUGUGGGCCUUAAAGAUCCUUUACCCCAAAACACUGUUUUUGCUGCGUGGGAACCACGAAUGUCGACAUUUAACAGAGUAUUUCACAUUUAAGCAGGAAUGUAGAAUUAAGUAUUCAGAGAGGGUGUAUGACGCAUGUAUGGACGCCUUCGACUGCCUUCCCCUGGCCGCGCUUAUGAACCAGCAGUUCCUGUGUGUACACGGAGGGCUAUCUCCAGAAAUCACAAAUCUUGACGACAUCAGGAAACUAGACAGAUUCAAAGAGCCUCCGGCGUACGGACCGAUGUGCGAUCUGCUGUGGUCCGACCCCCUGGAGGACUUUGGGAACGAGAAGAGCCAAGAGCACUUCACACACAACACGGUGCGAGGCUGCUCCUAUUUCUACAGCUACCCUGCAGUCUGUGACUUUCUACAACACAAUAACUUAUUAUCUAUCAUCCGGGCCCAUGAAGCGCAGGAUGCUGGAUAUCGCAUGUACAGAAAGAGUCAGACCACUGGCUUCCCAUCCCUUAUCACCAUCUUCUCAGCUCCUAACUAUCUAGACGUCUACAACAACAAAGCGGCUGUUCUGAAGUACGAGAACAACGUGAUGAACAUCCGACAGUUCAACUGCUCGCCUCAUCCCUACUGGCUGCCCAACUUCAUGGACGUUUUCACCUGGUCCCUGCCGUUUGUCGGGGAGAAGGUGACAGAGAUGCUAGUGAACGUACUGAGCAUCUGCUCCAAUGACGAGCUGACGACCGACGAGGAGCUGGACGGACAGCUAAUAUAUCCCCCCAAAAAAGGUGCCACGGCUUCUGCCCGUAAGGAGGUCAUCCGCAACAAGAUCCGAGCCAUUGGAAAGAUGGCCAGGGUGUUCUCUGUGCUCAGAGAGGAGAGUGAGAGCGUGCUGACGCUGAAAGGACUGACCCCGACAGGCAUGCUACCAAGCGGAGUGCUGUCCGGCGGCAAAGAAAAGCUGCAGAAUGAAACUGCAGCUACUAUUGAAGCUAUUGAGGCUGACGAAGCCAUCAAAGGCUUCUCGCCCCAGCACAAGAUCACUAGCUUCGAGGAGGCGAAGGGCCUGGACCGCAUCAACGAGAGGAUGCCGCCGCGGCGGGACGCCCUGCCGUCCGACGCCAGCCUCAACUCCCUCAACAAGGCCCUGUCCUCGGAGACCAACGGCACGGACGCCAAGGGGAGCACCAGCAGCGGCAGCAACAUCCAGUGAAGGCCGGCAGCGAGCGCCCACCUCGGCCGACGGGGCUGACUCGGCCCCCAGCCUCACCACGGCCCGCCACCGCAGGAAAAAGGGAGAGGUGGAAAGGGGAGGGGGGAGUGUUUGAGUGUGCAGUGGGGAGGCAUGUAUGGCUCACACUGGGGGGACAUCUCACUUGCUAGUCUUUGGAUAUGCCUUCUAAAUAUUAGUUCAUAGUCUCAUCUGCUAAGUUAUUGCCAGGUCACAUUUCUGAACGGUCAGGCCUUUCGACGCGCUUGGCUCGGCUCCACACCACAGUAUGUCAGAGACAAAGAGAGGGGACAGCGAUCUUAAAGGUGAUUGGUUGAUUUUCUCUUUUUUUUUUUUUUUCUUUUUCGUUUGUUUGUUUGUUUCUCUGAAGACCCUUUGCUCAUUUACACCGAAACGAAAAAGAAAGUCGCGUAACUUCUUACUAACUAUUGUACGUUUACAAAAAUACAGCACUAAAAAGGACAGAACAUGAGAUCAUGUUUUUAACAUAUAAGGGUGUACAAACUAAAUAAGGACUAUUUAUUGAUAACUUUUUCUUUUUUUUUUCUUUUUUUUUUUGCUACUCUUAUAAAAUAGCUCUGAAUUUAAUUAGGCAGUCUUAAAAAGAAUGUUGCAAUGUUGUCGAAAUGCCAAAUAAUGGAACGUUAUAUGGUUUUGUACAUAUUAUGCUUACCUCAGGUUCUUUUGGUGUGUGCUUUGACCUGAUUUUUCUGUAUAAUGGCUAAAUAACUCGGUGAUGAAUACCUAUUUUCUUGAGUUUCAUAACUGGAAUUUACACUUAACCUAUCUAUCAUUUGCAAAUAUGUUUAUUUUUUGUCUCUUUUGGAAGGGGCGGGCGGGGAGGGAGGGGGUGGGGUGGGAGGGGUGGGGUAGAUUUAUUGUGGCUUGCUGGAACUGAGUGUUAAUUUUCCUCUUUUUAAGUAUUGCGAACAAAGUUAAAAAAAUAAAAAAUAACUAAAUAAAAAAUAGAGAACCUAUAUUGUGUAAAAAAAAAAAAUAGGAAAAAAAAGAAGAAUACAAUAAAGUGUCUGCCUAUGCAUGUUUUAUAAAAAUCAAACAAAAGGAAAACAGUUAAAUCUGAAUACCUUGGCUGUGGAGGCCUGUUUUGAAAUAUAUUGCGCUUUAGUGAACAUAUACUGGAAACGUAUACCUGCAUACUUUCAAUUAACACCAUGAUGCUCUAUGCCUUCUUUUGUAAUUGAAGCAUUUCAUUAUCUAAGACGGAUGAGGAAUCAUAUUUUUAACCUGCGCUUGUAAGUGCACACAGUCCAAUUAAGCAUGUUUGACAAUUCUUGUGAGGUGUGUGGUUACAUGUGGAACUCCAAAAAUGCAUGAUUAGCUGUUUGUGUCAUAUACCAGGUGAAUCGGUUUUGUUUUGUAAAUGUGCCACAGAAAGUGUAAUUUGAUUAUGAUUAUUAUUAUUUGGAACUCUGCUUUGUAUAUCAGUUACAGGUUUGAUACUGCUCAAUACUUUAAGAUGAAACGGAGAAAAAAAAAAAAUAAAUAACUUAGAUCUUUUUUAAGAACUGCUUAAGUGCCCAAGUAAUUCACUACACGACAUGAAGCCUUGCUUUUGUAAUUUAACUUCGAAACUGUUGGCAGAUGAGGCAUGCACUUGCAACUAUGAAAAGUAUUUUAUAUAACUGUUCAAUAAAAAUGUGCAUGAAUUUCAACUUGAAAUGAA